UUUUAUUUGCGACGUAAUGAAACGACAUACGGCUGUGUGUAACGCUAAUGCUGGGCUGGUCAGAGGGCGGACAAAGGAGAGGAGACGUGUCUUUAACAUAUCACCGCUUAAAUAUACCUUCAACAACACGACUCGUGAGGGUCAAAGGUCACCUCGUUUCUGACAUGGCCAACCCUUUACGGGGUGAGGUCAUCAGGCUUUACAAAAAUCUGCUGUAUCUCGGCCGUGAGUACCCUCAGGGAUCAGCUUAUUUCAGAGAGCGCCUCAAGUCAGCUUUCAUGAAGAAUAAAGACGUGACAGACCCCGAGAAGAUCAAGAAGCUGGUGGCCCGGGGAGACUUUGUCAUCAAGGAGCUGGAGGCUCUUUAUUUCCUCAGGAAAUAUCGAGCCAUGAAGAAGAGGUAUUAUGAACCGGAAAAAUAAAUCACACCCAUAAACAGCCCCAGAUGAUCCUUCUGAAACAGACCACCAAGUGUCAGUAUGUAUUAUGAUAUUAGGCAGCAGUAUUAAUGAGAUGAAAACACACACAACAGUUGCUUUUAUACAAAAACAAAUAGACUUUUCCUCUGCCAUCUGUAAGAAGUGCCAGAUCACGAACGUCCCUUUUUUAAUCUAAAAGGUGCACCUUAAAGCUAGUGUUUUUAAAUCACAAAUACUGUACAUAUGUUAAUAUAUCAUGUUGCCCUCCAGAAGUAAGAAUCAACACGUCCUCAGUCGAGUUUAACGUCCACGUUGAAUAGGUCCGAUCAUGACUGUUAGGGUCAGGGUUCAUAGGUAAGACGGUCUGCACCUGCUCUUAAAUAAAUCAGACUGACUGGAUCAUGUUGUACAAUGUGUUUCGUAUUUCAGUGUAUAUAUCUGUAAAUACAUGGUCAAACUGAGUGAAUGUACGUGACUAUGUAUCAGAACGAUAUUUUAAAACAGUGAUGUCUCAUAAUAAAUGAAUCAAAAAACACA